AUGGUUGAUCAAGGAAUCCACCGGAGAUGGUACGAAAUCGCGGGGAAGCUUUUCAACCGGGGCCUAAUUGGAGACAUUCUCAACACACCCGGCGCCAUCGUCAGUCAAGUAUUGUCGUCGCCGGCGACGACAACACAGGAGAACGUUCAGGCAGAGGGUACACCAGCGGCAGCGGCAACGACACAGGCCGCUGCUGCACCGGCUGCAACAACACAAGCAGCCGUUGCUCCUGUAGCCGCGACGACAUCACCGGCCGCACAACAACCUGCUGCAUCGCCGGCGGCGACGACGAAGCAGGAGCAACAGCAAGCUGCCACAACACCAGUCGCUCAGGCGCCAGCAGCGGCAGCGACCACAUCACAGCAGGCAGCCCAGGCAUCACCAACAACAGUUGCGGCAGCAGAUCCUCCGGCAGCUUCAACUACCUCUUCGAAGGUUGCAGCUGCUGCUUCAUCAACGCCAGCUGCAGCUGCUACAACUGUCCCGGCAGCCGCUGAGAAUGCAGCCUCAUCACCAGUGCUAUCACCAGCAGCUACAUCACAGGGGACGGGAACAAGCGUGGCCGGGGUUGGAGCUGCGGGUACCUCAAGUACGAGAUCUGGUGGGACCAAUGCUACACAAACACCAUCACCGAACUACGAGAAUACAUCACCAUCAAACAACCAGGGACCCUUGGUUGCCACUGGAGUCGUACUGGGUAUCGUAGUGCUCAUGGGACUCUCCCUUUUGAUAUUCUGGUGCUACCGCCGGAGAAGAGCAGCCCAACAUUGUCAUGAAGCCGUUGCCCCCGAGAGUCCUAGCAACGAGUACGGUCCAGCCUCGCCUUUCCGCGACCACGUCGAUCAGAGUUUUACUGAAAUGACUGAGACUCGUACGGUCUCCAGCGAAGAUGACUUCACCAUUCGACACCCCGAACCCGGGUACCAGCCCCCGUCUCAGCCGCCGAUGUCGCCUCAAACACAAGAUACAACAAGAACAAACCCAUACGCAGCAAGUCCUUUCUCAUACGCUCAAGCACAACAAUACGUUCAAUCGCUCGCAGGCACAGGGAAUUUCGGCUUCCCACCACCACCUCCUAUCCCGGAGCCAUCACCUAUCCGCAUCUUCAGAUGGCCAACUCGCUCAUCCCGCAGCGGCAACUCUACACCCAGCGUCCUUUCCGCGUUCCGCACACCAAAGACGCCUACUCGUACUCUCUCUCGGGCGUCUCGAAGUACCGUGUCAUCGAUGCUAUGGCACGGCCGCAGAGACGUCGCCCGGAGGACCAUAAUCCGUGCUCCCGGAUCUCAAAAGUCGGCUAAGUCGCGUACCAACGGCUCUUCUCAUAGCCCCGAGAGCACAAUGCCAGAGGGCCUACAUACUCCCAUCCUUGAUUGGCUUCACUGGAUCCGCGGCCAUCAACAAGUAGAGCCCGACCCGGAGAUGAACCAUCGAAAGAGCUUCGCCAGCACCACGGAGAGCUCCAUUUCCGAAACAAGCGUUGCAAGCACGGCCAGUAGCGGUGUCUUCUCGCCCACACUCCUUUCAUACCACCCCCCGGCCAACACGCCGAGUAUCGCAACCGAUACCAUCCAAUUUCUACCUCUGCCUCUGUUCAAAAAGAGGGCUAGUGACGUCAAUAGUGAGGUCACGAUGGAACCGUCCGGGACCGUCCGCAUCUCAAGUUUUGGAUGA